UGCAACACUGCCAUAUCGUUUAUGAUUACAUGCUUAUUGUAGAGCCAACGUAAAUGGCAGAUAACAAAUUAACAUAAAUUAACAAUGCGUCACGUGGCAAACUUUGGUUUCCAGCUCCCUAAGACACUCCACUGCUGCUAGCUUACUUUCUUAUCAAAGACUACUAGCUCAGCCGGGAAAAACUCGGAAAAGGCGUAAAUAAACUGCUUUUGUUCUAAUUAUGAAAUGCAGGCGGCCACGAUGGAUCCAUCAGAAGAACCACCCUCCGUGCUGUGGGGACUGGACCCGGUCUUUUCUGCCUUCGCCAGAUUGUAUGUCAGAGACAUCCUGCAGAUGACAGAAUCCACCCAGGUGCCAGGUAUUUACUUCUACAAUUCACAUCCAAUCUACAAAGUCGAUGCACUUGGGACAGUAGUAUACAAGAGAGAAAGAGAAGACUUCUUCUGUUAUGGAGUGGAUGAUGGUACUGGUGUUAUAAACUGCCUGUGCUGGAAAAGUAACUUGUUUAGAGAGGAGGAGGAUGAUCCUGGUAAAUCUGGGGGAAAGCAUAGUGAUGUGUCUCCGGGAAGCUUCAACCCAGUCACUGAACUGAAGAAGCUAAGAGAGGCCCAGCAGAAGAACUGCCGCCUGGAGAUUGGAGAGCUGCUCCGAGUUAGAGGCCCAGUCAAGACAUCAAGGCAUCAGAGAGAAAUCAUGGCCUCCACCUACUAUAAGGUGGAUGACCCGGUGAUGGCGGUCCAGAUAGCAUGGAUGAUGGAGAUUCCUCAGCUCUAUAGACAGUGCUAUGACAAACCACCUCAGCUGCAACAUAAAGCAGAAAGUGAUACUAGUUCCCUUAGCAAGGCAACAAAUAUCAUCAAGGAUUUCCUUAAGCAGAAGUCAGUGAGCAGGUUCAGACCCUAUGAUGUUCAGGACCUCCUGCAGCCUCUUGUCUCCUGCCAGCCUCAAACAACAUCUGCUGACCAGGAGCCUGAGGCAGGUCCGUCUGCCUGCCAGCAGCUACGCCAGCUUCUGAAGGAAGCCCUGGAACUUUUACAGGAUGAGGGUAUCAUAUACCGCAAGGUCAAGUCUCAGGAUGAAAUCUAUCAUGUGACUGCACAGGAUAAAGAUCUACUCAUAGCUGUAAAAGACAUCAUCAGGGAAGACUCAAAGAGAGAGAAGUAUGCAGAGAAGGGUUGCCAUAUCCUGCACAUUCUGUCUGCAGUCAGGCAGCGGCACAGCCUCAAUGUGAGCAAGGCAGCACUGGAGCUGGUCCUCAGAUCCCUCGAGUGCAACAGUGACAUCGUCAGCACCAGUGAACACCAUUACACUGUGUUUUAACACAAGUACAGUGGGGUUGGGAAUACUCUAUUACCGUACAUACUAUUAGUGGUAUGACUAUAUCACUCCAAAAUGUGAGCAACCAAUGUGAUUGAGUAAAUCAUGUGAUUUGCAUUCUUGUGUUCAUCAUGAGCCUCAGACUGGCUCCACAUUUAGUGUUUUUCUACUAUUUUAUGUACAUUUGAAUAGAGAAUAAAGAAUAAAUGCUAAGUAUAAAUCAUCUGAUAGAAAAUGGAUAGAAAAUACUUAUGUUUGGUGACUUAUUUAUAACCAUUUAUUGAAUUGGCAAAUUUGUAUUUUGUUAGUCACCAGUGAUUGAUUGGCUUGACCAUGGUAUAUUUAUAUUUGUAAAUAAAUAAUCAUGCAACGAAGAUGCAGCUCAUGUAUGGCUGUAUUAACCUGCUAGGGAGCCCCAGGGCAAAGAUGAGCGGCGGGUCUCCAUUGGCCACCAGCAGAAAUAUACUGCACACAACAUAUCACCCUAAUCCACCCCUAUCCAAUUUCUAUGUCCUCCUUACUAAACCCUAUGCGAUUGGACCUCAAGAUGAAAUGCACCCCUGCAAUACAGUAUGGAUCUUUCUGGAUAUGCAUUUAAAAAAGAAUGGUCACAAUUGAUGCAGUAGAUGCUGUCGUAUUUUAGUCAAACUCCUAAGUCUUUAAAUUUCCAUGCCUUGAUAGUCUCCAAGUCCAGGUCAAGAUAACCUCUUCAGGGAGUAGCAGGAGUGAACUAAACCUCGUGUAAAACUGGUGGAGUGUCCUUUCAAAUACAAAGCAUGAUUCACCUGAAAGCCCAGUCCUUUACAUUUUAUCUUAAUUAAUUAAAUUGCCACACAGUGAACCCAGGACUCUAAGGGCCUUUAGGGCCCCUGGGGCGGUUUCCCAUGAUGCCCAGCUGGAAAUCCAGCCUUGCAUACUGACACACAUAUUCAAUUACAUUACCACAAAGCAGACACACAGUAAUGCCUGGAGCUUUUGAGGCCCCUGGAGUUCUGUGGCCCUGGGACAGUUGCUCAGUUGGAAUUCCAGUCUUAGGUUCAUGGUUUCAGUAAAGCCAUUAAAGCAACAGUAGAUUUGUUAUUGGUGAAUUAAAAGAUGAUGCAGUGCUUGGGUUAAAGGAGUUUUUCCUUGUCUGAUUGGAGGGUCUAAGGGCAGGGGGUUCUUAAUGCUAUGCAGUUAGGACCCUUGAGGCAAAUUUGUAAUAUUGGGAUAAAUAAAUUCUGAUGCUCUGGAAAAAACA